GAAAGCGAUGGCCAGUGAUCGCACGUCAGAUUAUCUCGAGUCUAUCGCGGUAGCAGAAGAAGUGGAACUUUUAACAGUGGCCCCCGCAUCACCACGUGACGCCACGCCAUCACCAUGUCACGUGACGUCAUCACCACGCGACAUGACGUCAUCAGACGAGCAGCAGCGCCGAGUGCUGACCAGACGGAGGCUGGAAACUACCAAGACCCUACCCAGCUGCAUAGCCAAUCCCAGUACUCUGCACAGAAGGAAGAAACCUCUGAGCGAGCAGGUCCUGGACUUGAGGGAGAAGAAGAAGCUUGAGAAGGCCAGGAGGAGGAAACGUUGGUCGUGCUGUCACCGGCUGUUUCACUGGAUUAAAUCCGGUGUGGCAUCUAAGAUAGAGUCGUGUAGUGAGAGUAUAAGGUGGUCGUUCAGAGGGGCGUGUAACUGUGGGUGUAGUUGUAAGAUCUGGGGAGAUCCCAUCAGCAGGAUCCAGGGAUAUCUGGGAUCCCACAUCUCCACCUACUUCAAAGCUUUAGUCUGGCUGCUGAAGAUAAACCUUAUCUGCAUGGUGUUGGGUCUGGUGCUGAUAGUGCUGCCCUCCACCUACAUUAAGACCACUAGUAACGACACCACGGAGUAUAACAGAGACUCGGGCUGUUACAAUUCUGAUAUUAUUCACGGACAUAGCAAGACUUCUGAAACUCUUAACUCUAUCAUCCAGUUUUUUACUGGUACUGGCUGGAUGGAGAACACCCCAGUUUUUAUUGGCUGGUACCCCAAAGGUAAAGUGUGGACUCUAGACUUGGCCUACCUCUACACAGGGGUAGUGAUCUCCUACUUCAUCUUAUCACUUGUUGUUAUCAGCAGCAAUGUUUCCAAACUCUUCAACCGAUCUGCUGUGGAGACAGUCGGAUUUAAACCGUACUCUGAUCUUAUAUUCAACGCUUGGGACUUCAGUAUCAAGAAGGAAAAGUCAGCACGUCUCAAGAAAGUGACGCUGACUAAGUCGUUAAAAGAGCAGCUCGAGAAGGAUGCUCAGAAAGGUAAACGUAGGACUGUGUUUCAGUAUCUCUGUGUUGGGAGCUGGAGGAUUUUCACAAACUUUUUGUGUCUGGGUGCUAUGACAGUGUUCUUCUACGUACUAAUAGUAUACGGAGGACUGUUAGAUAUAGACGUGACUGAGAAUUGUGUUAUGGCUGCAACGUCUGAUGACACAUCACUCGUUUAUGACAAGCUCCUGAAAAUCUGGGGCACGUAUUCUGCAUCGAUCAUCAUGGCAGUGGGAAACGCAGUGUACCCAUUGUUCUUCAGACUGCUAGGAGCUCUGGAGUUUUACAAGCUGGACAGUAACAGGGUGGUCAUAACAAUGGUCAGAUCUAUGGUCAUGAAACUGACCACUAUUUGCACGUUGCUGUAUCUUAUGUAUCAAGAAGUGAGGUUGAGCGCUGCAACUGUUGAAUCAGACGAGGUCGGUGAGGUUUCUAUCUUCCCUGGUAUAAUGAAUUGUUGGGAGAAUCAUUUAGCGUCUAAGAUCUAUCAAAUGUGGAUUGUUCAUCACCUUGUUUUCUGGGUUGUUGCAUUUUUCAGAAAGUUCAUGAGUGUGGCUUUGAGACGUGUUUCAAAAGAGACCUUAUCGGAUUCGAUAACUGAAGAGAUUCUAAAUCUCUGCUACAAACAGAUGAUCGUAUGGUCCCUCUUCCCCAUCGCACCUCUCAUCACUGUCGUGGCGGUGUUCGAAACUGUGAUCGUGUUCUACAUAAAACGUUGGGUUGCCAUGGGAUACCAGGCUCGUACCAUAAUUCUAACAAGUCAAACAGUGAACGUUGUUAACGCACUAUUCCUUCUUUCACUGGUGGCUAUAUUCGCUUUUUACGGGAUCAUGGUCAGCAACUUCGCUCCCUCUGCUCACUGUGGACCAUUCCGUGGUCAAACCAGUUUCAGUGACCUCUUUGAAACCAUGACGGCGGCACUGGGGGUCGUUCAGAAAUACACUAUCAUGACUCUGAGAUCCAUCACCGCUACCAUCAUAAUUAUUGUUGUUUUCUCUUUGGUUUUGUACUAUUAUAAAUGUGCUGGAGCGAGCAAGGACGUUAAGAUAAAACUGUUGGAGGAGCGGAUUAGGUGGGGACAGGAAGACAAAGCUUUUUUACUGGCCAAAGUUUCAAAAAGGUCUCCAAGAAGAAGAGAGGAGAGUAUUUUAAGUGAACAUGAAGGUAGCUCCAGUUUUAGCAGCCAAAAUUGAAUAGGUUUACAAUUUACUUAUACUUUCAAGAUAUUGCCUUAUUUUUUAGUUGUUUACAUAUUUUAUAAUAUAAUUGGUUAUUUAU